CCGUAGUCAUAAAAAACUUAAUAACGAAAUGACAGUUUUGUGUUAUUAAGUUGGCCUUGUGGAAGAAAAUUAUGCUUUAAAUUCUGGCUACAUUCGAAAUGUUGUUGGUGCGUGUUUAUAGUUUUUUAAAACUGUUAUUUUAGUAAUAUUUAUAAUUGUCGUUUUGUAUUUUAAAAGUUAAAUUAUGUGUAGCGUUUUCGAAGCUGACGUGGAUACGAAUGGCUUAAUGGAAGAAAAGAAUAGACAAGAAAUAACGGGAAAGAUGUGCAGAAAGUGCAGUCAAGUUAAAGCAGAUGUUAACUUAAGAGUCAAGGAUGCAUAUUGCAGGGAGUGUUUCCUGCUCACGUGCACGCACAAGUUCCGCGCCGAACUGGGCAAGUCGAAGCUCAUGCGAGCGCACGAUCACGGGCUGGUCGCCCACUCGGGCGGGCAGUCCAGCUCGGCCCUGCUGCACCUCGUCUGGGCGGGGCUCCGAGGACACUCGCACAAGAAGCUGUUCUUCAGGGCAUCCGUCCUCUAUGUCGACGAAGGAGCUGUUUUGGCCCAGUCGCUCGAAGAACGCAGGAGGAUUUGCUCGGACGUGAGGGAACGGGUCGAAAAGCUGGGGUUCCCGUUCUACGUGGCAACACUGUCGAGCGCUCUACAGCGGAACGAAACCUCGGACCCGGGGAGUGAACUACGCGUAGACCCCGGCGCUGACGCAGAGCUGUCCAACCUCGUCGAGAGUGCCAGGGAAUUGACGGCCAAAGAGGAUUUGCUGCAGAAACUGCGAAAUAAUUUGAUUGUGUCAGUUGGUGAACACCUGAAAUGCACAAAAGUAUUUCUAGCAGAAAAUUGUGACCAGAUAGCAACAAAAAUACUUGCAAACGUAUCGCUUGGAAGGGGCGCUCAGCUGCCUUUAGAUGUGGGCUUUUGCAACAAUUUGCGUUCGGGAAUGCAGAUUCUCCGGCCACUUCGCACUUUUUCUAAGAAAGAAGUUGCGUUUUAUAACUUAUACAAUAAGUUGGAGACUGUGACAAUACCCUCGCUUCAAACAAAGUUGGACUCGCACGCGAGCAUCCAGCGGCUGACGGAGAGGUUCGUGGCGGAGCUGCAGGAGAACUUCCCGGCCACCGUGUCCACGGUGUUCCGCACCGGGGACAAGCUGGCGGGGCAGCGGUGCCACGAAGCGGAUGAGAGCUGUGCGCUCUGCCAGGGGUGUCUUGACACGAAAGAGCAGCAGUCGUCUGCUCUUCAAGCCACCAACUUCUCCAGGUUGGUUUCGACGCUCGGCCCGUCCGGGUUCGCAGGGGGGAGUGUUGAAGCAAGCCCGGCCGCGGGCAACGUAAGGCCUGCUGGUGACAGCUGUGAGUGCAGCGGUCGUUGUUCUCCCGGCGUCUCCAGGCAGGACGUGAACCACGCCUUGUGUUACGGCUGUCGGUUGAUAGUCAACAGUAUGGCUGUGCUUGACCAUCUGCCACAAAAUGUUCUCUCCACUGCGAGAAAGAAAGUUGCUCUUGGUGAGAUGAGGAAGGAAAUUGAAAACUUUCUUUUAUAAUUGUUUUAAAGUUUGUGUAUAAUAUAGUUUGAAAGAAAACAAAA